AUGUCAUCCUCUGGUGAAGUUAGUCAAUAUUUGAAUGAUAAUUCGCCUCAAGAUGGAGAAAAUGUAGUAGGGCUAGACCCUUUUAAGGGACUGCAACUACUCACCAACAACGUUGCUUCAACAAAUCGAGUCCAGUCCACAGCUAUCAAAUGGAAAGGAUCUGUAGCGAAACAUCAUAUCAUCAUGCUUAACCAAGACUUUAUUCCGACAAGCUUACAAUAUCAAGAUUAUACUUCCUAUAUUAUUUAUCUAAUCAAGGAAUAUCAAUCAUUCAACAUUUUACCACAAGUAUUCCUCAAUGUAAUCCAUUGCCUCAGCAUCUACUACUCUAACAUUAAUCCACACAAGAAGUUUGUUGGUGUGAUUUUAGAAGGUGGCAAAAGAAGAUGCUUUUUUUUCCUUACCACAUUGAAUGCGGCUUAUGUGAUCUCCACUCUGAGGCUGGAAGAAAAAGAGGAUAAAAUGGUGGAGGACUUACGCAAGAGGGCUAAGUGGGACAACGACUACUUCAUAUAUCGUGGACAUAUUCUCAAUGAUCAAAUAACACAAAGCAGAUGAGCCAUGACGCAGCCUCCGGAAUGCUCUGUAAUAUAGCAGGAUUGUACGCCAUAGAACAAAUAUCAAAACCAGGAGCUGUAGCACCAUUGGGAGCAGCAAAGGACAUUGGAAAAGUAUGAGUCUGUUGAGCUUGUUGCUGUUGCUUAU